AUGAUGAUUUGUGGAAGCUUAGCGAGCAUUUCUGAGGAUUUGAAGUAUCUGAUGUGUAUUUUGCCUGUUUACAUGAAUAUUGGCGGAGAGAAGUAUGUUUUAUCUAAGAUAAGAUAUAGAAUGCAUUGUGAAGCAGAUGGAUUACUGAAGAUGGUUUUUUGUGACGAGUGCUUGCAUGUGUAUGUUCCUGUUGUGAAUAGCAAGGUGUGGAGUGAGGAAGACAAGCUUUUUGUGGAGUGUAACAGAUGCAAUACUAAGACUGAAUGUAAGAUUGGACAAGAUGCAUAUGUUAAUAAGACGUGUGCAAAUGAUUAUUCAGAGACCGAAACAUUUGAUGUGUUUUUUGUAUGA